CUGCCAUCUAUCUAUACUCUCUCUCUCACACACACACACACAUCAAUCGUUAGCUCGAUGAUCUAUCUGGCUUCUGUCGAUCUCCUACUAGUACCAAUUCAACUUAACUGAGAGAUCGAUGAGCCAAUGCAAUCUGACUGAUCGACUGGCCGGUUAAUCCAAUUAAUCCGUCAUGCGUACGGAGGUUAUCAGAGCAGACACCAUCGAUGCGGCUGCUGCGCGGAUUCUGGAUGAGCUGAAGGAGGACACUAGUACUAGAAGCAGCAGAAGCAGAGAGAAUGUGAUCUACUUCGACGGCUGGGAUGGCCUGGGGGCAUCCGCCGUCCUCCGAGCCGUGGCCCAGCGCCUCGCCACGGCUUCGGAGGCCCCAUGGCCAGCCGGUCUGGAGUUUGAUCAGAUCAUCCACAUCGACUGCUCCAAGUGGGAGAGCAGGAGAGCGCUGCAGAGGGUGAUCGCGGAGCAGCUGGAGCUUCCCGCUGAGGUGAUGGAGAUGUUUGACAGGCAGGAUGAGGAGGACGAUUUCCAUGGGGUGGCCCAGAGCUCCCGUGCCGAGAUACCGCAAGUCCUCGAGGCCAUGUAUCAACACAUACAGAUGCUGCGCCGCAGGUUCUUGGUGAUUUUCCAAAACGGGGGCAGCGAAGAGGUGAAUCUAGCCAACUUCGGCUUUCCUCUGUACAAAUACUCUAGAAACAAGGUGCUGUGGACGUUCCAAGGGAGAUUACGGCGCACCCCCAGGAUGAAAGUCGAUACAGCUGUGAAGAGCACAGGGAUAACUGAUCUUUUCCUCUCGGCCUCAUGCCAUGAGCAAGAUCCACAGGAGCUCUGCUUCUACCUUGUGCGCCAAGAGUCUGAACAAGUGGCACACUACUGGAAUAAUGCUGCUGGCGGCAUCAUCGAUCAGCCUACACUGGUCUCUGAGUGCUUCUCGUAUAUGUUGAAGCUAUGCUGCAUGAACCAAAACUUGAUGAUGGACUAUGAUUUGGCCACCCAUGCCUGCAACUACUGGGUAUGUGAUGGCGUCAUACAGCUACAACAGGGAGAGGGAGACGUUGGCACAGAUGAUGAUGAUGAUGAUAGACCGUGGAGAGCUGCUGAUGCUCUCUCCCGUGAGAUGCGAUUGGAUGUGGACUACUACCACCGUAACCAGCAAUGGUUUCCCUCUAACCUGGUAAGGUGUGCCAAUAGUAUAGCUAGCAUGCCAUACUUGACUUCACCACCCUACGGGUUUCUGAUGAUCCCGACCGGAGGAGCCAUUCCAAACAGAGAGAUGUUCCAACAUUUUGACAAACUUGGUGUGCUGAAGCUCUCACGCUGCACCUUCAGCUUCUCAUCACCUCCAUUCCUCUGCUGUCACAGCCUUAGGUUUCUAUGGCUCGACCACUGUCAAGACCAAGUAAUCAGCACAGAUGGGGUAGGGAAGAAGGAGGAGGAGGAGGAGGACAUCCGCCGGUGCUUUCAGAAGUUGUGGGUGUUGGACGUACGCUACACAUGCUGUGAUUGGAUCUUGUCCGCACGGAUGAUGGAUCUCAUGACUCAGCUCAGGGAGCUAGGUGUCAUGGGAGCCCAGGAUUGGGACAUGGGCCAGUUGCAGGGACGACUUCCUAACAUUCGCAAGCUCCGAGUGACAGAAUCUAGUAUCUGCUGCAGUAGUUGCUCGGAAGAUGACUUGUUCUCGGGGAUGAACAAGAUAGAGGUUCUUGACUUUUCAGGAAACCGUACUAUGGGAGGUAUGGAGAGAUUGUCCGGGGGUAGCAGGAGCAGCAUUGAGACUGUCAUUAUUGACGGAUGUGUUGGGUUACAAGAGAUCUACUUUAGGGGAUGUGCUAGACUGAAGAAUCUAUUCUUGAGAGGAAUUUUCCAGGAACUCCGCAGCCUAGAUAUCUCCGGCACAGCAGUGAAACUGCUGGAUCUCAGUGCAAUAACAGCCGUGAACCUGGAUGAGGUCAUCCUACUCGACUGUGAUAAGCUUUGUGCAAUCCUGUGGCCACCGGAGGACAAAAUAAAAUACCAAAUGAAGCUGUGUAUUGACACCACACAGUCAGCAUCACCUGCCCGACCCUGGGAAGAAAAGGCCAAGGAGGGUAGCAUUACCGCUACAGGAUCAUCAUCAUUUUUGGUGAUGUACCGCAGUAGAGUACCCUCUGGAUUAUUUAACUGGUAUAUUUCUGUAAGGGAUGCGAGGCUCCUCAGGUCACUUGUUGUGCCCUUCGAACACUAUGCCGGUCGGAUAUAUGUAGUUGUGGAGAUUUCCGCUCCUAUUCACCCUACUGUUGUUGGUAGCAAAGAUGAUGGGAUCAAGAGCGACAUCGGCAUUGAGCAACAAGUGCCAGUAAACCUACAGCAGCAGCAGAAGCCUGAAGAUAAUGCAAUAUACGCAGAUAUCAGAGCAACCUUUAAGGACCACCAGCAACAGGAAAGCAAAGGAGAUGGUGAUGCUCCAACCAUCACACAGAUAUGGCCUUGCCCGGAGGUUCCUUCUCCACCGUCAGGGGACUACUACAGCUACUUCCACAUAGAAGACCAGAUGGGGACUAAUAAAUUUCUUCGAGGUACUAUUGCUGUGCCGUAUUUUUUAUGUGGUAGGGCCAGGAUCCUCCACGUGCACGAUAGCUUGUCCAUCGCCAGUCUCCCUAGUCCUUCCUCAGGUGACCGAUGGGAGAUCCUAAGGUGGUGCCGAGUGGAGCGGUGCCCCAACAUGGAGCAUGUCUUCGACACUCCCCAACCUGGAGGGAGCAUCUUUUGGUGCCUGAUGACAUUCUGGGCGUCGCAGCUCCUCAAGGCACGCUUCAUAUGCAACUGGAGCACAUCAGCAAUCCGGUUUGAGGGCCGCUCAUUUGAGGACUUGGAGUUAUUGCACCUGGACUUCUGCCCCAGGCUGAUACAUGUAUUCCCUUUGUGCGAGCCAAUGGAAGGCAAGGUCAUGCACUGCCUAGAAACCCUCGAGAUCGUGUGUUGUGGUGAUCUCAAGGACGUCUUCCCUUGGCACACCGACACUGUGCGCGACCGAGGGCGGCAGGAGGAGGAGGAUGCAAUUACCAUAGAAUUCCCCUGCCUAAAGCGCAUCCGCCUGCUGGAGCUCCCCAUGCUGCAGAGCAUGUGCGGGUGCGCGAGGAUGUCCGCGCCCAUGCUCGAGACCAUCAAGAUCCGGGGCUGCUGGAGCCUCACACGCCUGCCCUCGGUCGGCGGCAGUGAGAAGAAGGUGGAGUGCGACUGCGAGAAGGAGUGGUGGGACAUGCUAGAGUGGGACGGGGAGAAGGCCAACCCAAAGCACCACCCUUCCCUGUACAAGCCCACCCACUCACGAUAUCACAAGAAGAAACUGCUCAGGGGCUCCCUACUCAGAUGAGCUACGUUGGAUACAAGGUGAUGCAUCAAGAGAUGCUUGCUUCAUUCGCUUGUGUGAAUCCGUCGCUUCGGGCUGCCUUUGAUCUCACCUGCUGUUUUUCUUUUUCCUUGUUGUGACUUUGGUUUAUCGA